AUGCCAGCCCACCUCCAUCCUCACCUACAUGGUGCUCCCUCUCAUGCUUCUAAUCAAGAGGCCGGGAGUCAAGCCGACAUCAUCGCCUCCCCUCGAGUGCAUCUGUCGUUCGAGGAUGGCGAUGCUAUUGCUGAAAUCCAUCGCACUCUGACAGAGGUCAAUCAUCAACAAGAGUAUCCUGAGCCGCAUUCGUCAUUUGAUAAAUUCCUUGAAGCAGAACUCCAGGCUGGAAAAAAAAGGUCCAACCUUGGGGUUUAUUUCCAGUCUAUGUCGACAUGGGGUGACGGGGACGAUCAUGCGGAUGUCAAGACUCUUGGGACGGCACUGUGGCGUACAUUUACUUUCCAAGAUGUCUAUGAAUGGACCAUCAAGCCUUGGCUUUCUAGUAAGAAGCCUCAGGACGGACGUCAGUUGAUUCGCGAUUUUUCCGGGGUGGUUAGAAGUGGAGAGAUCAUGCUUGUGUUGGGAAGGCCAGGAGCCGGUUGUUCCACAUUUCUUCGUACAAUUGCUGGUCACCACUCGUCGUUUCUCGGGGUUACCGGUACCAUCGAUUAUUCGGGCCUUAGCGUUCAUGAGGUCAAGAAGCACUACCGUGGCCAAGUAGCAUAUGUCCCGGAGGAUGAUGUGCACUUCCCAACCCUCAGCGUGCAACAGACUCUGAAAUUUGCACUUGAAAGUAAAACACCCAAGAGAUACCAGGAAAGGAUUCCAAGGUAUCUUGAAAUUUAUGGUCGAGUAUUUGGAAUGUCCCAUACCAUGAAUACUCUAGUUGGGGAUGAGUACAUCCGAGGUGUCUCUGGUGGCGAGCGUAAACGGAUCUCGAUCAUCGAGUCCCUGGCGACGGAUUCAUCUGUCAUGUGCUGGGAUAAUUCCACGCGGGGUUUGGACGCGUCGUCGGCUCUGGAUUAUGCACGAAGCCUUCGAAUCAUGACCGACACGUGCGGCAAAGCGACACUGAUGACACUGUACCAGGCAUCAGAUGCCAUUUAUGACCUAGUUGAUAAAGUGUUGCUGAUUGACGAAGGGAGGAUGAUUUAUCAAGGCCCUGCUUGCGAGGCGAAGGGCUACUUCGAGGGAUUAGGUUACGAGUGUGCAGAAAUGCAGACAGUGUCCGAUUUCUUGACCAGUGUCACGGUUCCUGAGAUACGACGUUUCAAACAAGGAUGGGAACAGCGUGCACCCAAGGGACCUAUCGAACUGGAAGAGGCAUUUAGGAGGAGCUCGGCUUACAAUAAAAUCGAAUAUGAUCUACAUAACUAUGAAGAUCAGCAAUGCAGUGGGAGAAAUAUUGGAGCAUCACACGCUGAUUCAGAGUGUGGAAGUGUGGAGGAAUUAAAAAAGUCCAUACAAACAGAUAAAUCUCGCUUCGUGUCCUCCAAAUCACCGUACACUAUUUCACUUUUCCGGCAGGUGGCUUUGUGCGCGAAGCGUCAGAUGUGGCAGAUCAGAGGCCAUUUGUCACCUCUAUAUAUCAAGCUCAUCUCAUCGGUCGUUUACGGUCUGUUGGUUGGCUCCAUGUUCUACAACCAACCUCAAAAUACCGAUGGUAUGUACUCUCGGGGAGGAGUACUUUUUUACUCUUCUAUUCUGCUCGCUUGGCUUCAAAUGUCUGAGCUGGAGGACGCAAUGCAGGGCCGAGAUAUCCUCAGUCGCCAAAAGAAGUUUGCCUUUGUUCGACCUAGUGCGGUAUGCUUGGCCAGGGUCAUGGCAGACAUCGUGGUGGGGGCUGUCAUCACGUUUCUGUAUUUGGUUGUGGUGUACUUCCUCUCUGGUCUUAAGUCAAAUGCCGGGCCUUUCUGGAUCGAUUUUCUCUUCAUUUACCUGUGCACCAUCUGCUUAACUGCCCAAUUCCGGUUGUUUGCUGCUGCAUCGUCUAAUUUUGAAGUUGCACUGCGCUACUGCGGCGUUUCCGUUCUGUUUUGUAUUGUCUUUGGCGGAUACGUUCUCUCAGUGGACAAGCUGAUGAAAGAUGUUCCUUGGGUCGGAUGGAUAGCCUACACUACCCCAGCGCUAUAUACAUACGAAGCCGUGAUGGCUGCGGAGUUCCACAAUACUGAUUUCACCUGUGCGCCCCAGUCGAUUGUUCCUUCGGGCCCGAACUACACCGAUAUCGCCUACCAAACUUGCGCCUACGCAGGAAGUCAGAUUGGGACCACUGUGGUGAAAGGCGAUGACUAUCUGGCUGUUAAGUAUGGAUUUUAUUUUAAGCAUGUCUGGCGUAACUUUGGGAUCCUUUGCCUCUUCACUGUCGUAUACAUUGCGGCUACUUGCCUGCUGAGCGAGGUUAUGGAGUGGGAACCAGACAAUGCAGGGCUGAUCCAGCACAAGAAACUCCGGAGAUGGUUUUCCAAAACCCACAAGCAUACGCAGGAUGAAGAGAGCAAUCCUGUACCAGGGCAUCUGCCGGCGAGUGCUCCUAGCACUAAUGUUGGGAAGUCGGGGCAAACCAUCGCUGGAACGCAGUCCACGUUCAGUUGGGAUAACCUUGAGCUCUUCGUUCAGAUCGGGAAGGAGUCAAGAAAGCUUCUUGAUGGCGUUUGCGGCUAUUGCAAACCAGGGACAUUGACUGCUCUUGUUGGAGCCUCCGGGGCUGGAAAAUCUACUUUAUUGACUGCUCUUACCCAACGGCCCAGCUCAGGAGAACUGACCGGUACUUUGUAUAUCGAUGGACAGGCUAUUGAUAAAACAUUCAACCGUCGGAUUGGAUACUGUCAGCAAAUGGAUAUUCAUGACGAUUCCAGCACAAUCCGAGAAGCAUUUGAGUUUUCCGCUCUUCUCCGUCAGAACGUCUCCGUACCCGAGGAGGAAAAGUUGUCAUAUGUGACCACAGUUAUUGAAACCCUGGAGCUGAUGGACCUGCAGAAUGCCAUCAUAGGAUCCCUAGACAUUGAAAAGAAAAAAAGGGUGACUAUUGGCGUGGAGUUGUGCGCCAAACCAGAGCUACUGCUGUUCUUGGAUGAGCCUACCAGUGGCCUCGAUAGCCAGGGAGCUUCCAGCAUUGUUGGUUUGCUCCGGCGGUUGGCUGACCAGGGACUAGCAAUCCUUUGCACUAUUCACCAGGCAAACCAGCAACAAUUUGAACAGUUUGAUCGAGUUUUGGCACUCAGCCCCGGUGGAAGUACUUAUUAUUUUGGAGAAGUGGGAGAAUCGGGCAGUUCCGUCUUUAAAUAUUUCGCCGACCAUGGCCAUUGUCCAGAAAAUGUUACUAAUGCAGCGGAUUUCCUCAUUGACGUUGUCGUGGGAAGUAUGAAAAAUACCGCGCAUAGUAUCAAUUGGCCUGACGUCUGGAAUCGGUCUGUUGAGGCUAAGAAUGUCCAGAGAGAGAUCUAUGCAAUCCGCGGCAAGGGUGAAAAGGUGGUGAGCAACUCCCUAACUGCUCAGAAGCCGCUACCUACACCAUCGCUUCUGCGGCAGACGACUCUCCUGACCAAGCGCACGCUGCGGCAGUAUUGGAGGAGCCCAGAGUAUCCUUACUCCAGGCUAUAUGCUUCGUUUCUCCAUGCCCUGGUCAAUGGCCUUACGUACUUGCAAAUUGGCAAUAGCGCCACUGAUUUGCAGUCCAAGGCGUUUUCAUGCUUCCUUGUGCUGAUGCUAGUACCGGAAUUCAUCAACGCGAUCUCUAUGCGCUUUAUCAUGAACCGUGACAUCUGGAAAGCCCGGGAAGGCCCUAGCGGUAUAUACGGAUGGGUCGCCUUCUGCACAUCCCAGAUUAUCUGUGAGAUUCCAUACGCAAUUGUUAGCGCCGUGAUCUUUUUCGUCCUUUACUACUUUACUGUUGGACUUCCUCUAGGAUUCGCGGCGGGAUAUAGCUUCUUGAUGUUUUUCUUAUUCUUCCUAUUUGCCACGUCUUGGGGUCAGUGGAUUGCAGCAAUGAGCGCCGACUCAUUAGUAGCUGCUACCCUGAUGCCAUUUUUCAUCAUUAUGUGCGAGUUAUUCAACGGCAUCCUGCAGCCUCACGCGAAUAUGCCUGUAUUCUGGAAGUAUACUAUGUACUAUGCAACGCCAUUUACGUACUGGAUCGGGGGAGUCCUCACGUCGGUUCUGCGCGGCAUGCCUGUCAGAUGCCAGGGAGGUGAAUUGACCAUGUUUCAAAGCCCUCCGAACAUGACGUGUGGUGAGUACGCUUGGACGUGGCUUGCGCAUAAGGGCGUAGGUUACCUAUCGAACCCCGAUGAUUUUGGGAAAUGUGGAUAUUGCGAGUUUAGCUACGGGGACGACUACCUCUCCGGGCUUGGCCUGAAUUCAUCCAGGAUUUGGCCCUAUUUCUGUAUUUUCACCGCGUUUGUACUUUCCAAUUAUUUGAUGGUGUAUCUUCUUGUUUAUCUGCGGUCCGUGAUGAAGCCUUUUUGGUGCCGGGAGUAG